CAGCGGAUGGAAGCGAAAAGCUUCCCUCUUUUUAUUUAUUAUAAUUAAUUUAUUUAUAUUUUAUCAUUCGGGAAGAAAAUAAAUAUACCAAAAAUAAACGAACCCCGAUUUAGGGUUUCUCGUUUCCCCGUCUCUCCUUUUUGAUUCCCUUCAGAAAUCUCCCCCAAAAAACCCUAGCUAGGGUUUCGAGCACUCUAUUGCCCAAUCGCGGCAUGGACGGCGCGGAUGGAGCGGGCGAUGAUCGGACGUUUAGGAUCAAUUUUGGGCGCGAGGGUACGGCGAGGUUGAGGGAGAGGGUGAAGGAGAGGCUGAAGGAGAUCAUGGGAGAUUACACCGAUGAUACCCUCGUGGAAUAUGUUCUUGUUUUAUUGAGGAAUGGAAGGAGUAAAGAGGAGGCAAGGAGGGAACUGAAUGUAUUUUUGGGGGAUGAUAGUGUUUCUUUUGUUUCCUGGUUGUGGAAUCACUUGUCUUCAAGUAUGCAUCUUUAUGCACAGCCAGAAGAACUGCUUUCUGAAGAUAAAUGUGGAGGAGACAAGUCUCAGCAAGAGUAUGUGCAUGGAAAUGUUAAGAUUGACUCAGAAAAUGAGAGGGAAGAUAUAUCUAAAACUUCCAGAAGUAGGCACAAUAAAGAUUGGAAAGGAUUGGUUAAAGAAGAAAAUAACCCAUUUCCUCUUCGAAGCACUGUGACCAGGAUUUUGCAUUCAGAGGAGAGAAAGAACAUCAGAGCUAACGUGAAACGAGCUCUUUCUCCUAGACCGCAGAUUGGCAAAAAGCGAAGCCGAGAUGACAGUCAGCAGCCAAUCAAGAGAGAUGCAGCUCCCCGUCCGGUGAUUGCGGCAUCCCACCGGCUACUACAGUUUGCUGUCCGUGAUGCUGUGAAGACCGUGCAACAAGCAAGCACUAGAACUGAGCCAGAUUUAAAGCGAAUUCGCUCUGUGGUUUCAACAUCAAUGGAAGAACCUUUCUUGGAUGAGAGACCCCAGAGACUCAGAUCAGUCGCGAGAGUACCAGGUCCUCUGUCGACAGCACUCAAAGCUGCAGCGGAAGCUGCUGAAGAUGUAACUAAGGAUAGAGGUCCAGGAAGUGUUUUUGAUAGAUUGAGUCGUGGUGCUUAUUUAGCUGAGCCUGCCGAACAUUCAUCAAUGGAACCUAUGCUGGAAGGAGAGUACGAGAACCCAAACCAAAAUCCAGAGUCAAGUCAUGCUGAAUAUUAUCAAAGAAGUGAUUAUGAUGGACGUUUUAUGGUGGACAUGACGAUGUCAAGCAGGAUUGCUGCUUUGCCUGAUGGUUCUGCUUCUGACAAUGAUGGAUACAAUAAUGUUGCUGUUGUCAGAAAUCGGGGUUUGAAUACUUCGCACAGUGCUGUAUCUGCAAACAGAGACAAAAAGUCUUUAACUUUGCAGCAUAAUCCUGCUCAGAAUGCUGAUGAGGUUGUAAAGAAUGCAAGGUUGAUCAAUGAAGACCCACCUUCCAGUGGAAUAGCAAAGGCAUCUAGCAAGAUCGUGAAUAUCUCAGUUGAUGUAAAUACAUGGAAACCUACCCACUUCCAAGUGCCUAAAGAUAUCAGCGAGGCAGGGAAUAGACAUGCUGUGGACAGGGGUGAUGUGAGUGCAGAGAAAACAAAUGUCCAGCAAUUAAAGGAAAAUGAUACUGCCAUGACAGAAAAUGAAAUUGCGCGAGCUGAUGUUCAAAAGGAGCCCCAGCAUAAAGGGACUCUGACAUCAACACCUGGUUCAUAUACCACUAGCCGUCCUUCUGAUGAUGUUGACUCUCGAACUGUUUUUGUCGGCAAUGUUCAUUUUGCUGCCACAAAAGAUUCUCUAUCUCGUCACUUCAACAAGUUCGGGGAAGUGCUUAAAGUAAUAAUUGUGAGCGAUGCGGCAACUGGCCAACCUAAAGGAUCAGCAUAUGUGGAGUUCUUACGGAAAGAAUCUGCCGAGUCUGCACUAUCCCUGAAUGGCACAUCAUUUUUAUCUCGCAGUCUGAAGGUUGUUCGUAAAAGUUCAAUACACAGUGAAACUGCACCAAUGAUGGGUUGGCCUAGAAUUGCACGAGCAUCCCCCUUCACUUCUAGGGUUAGCAGAGCUGCAUUCUCAAGGGGAGUUCUUCCUGGUGCUUUUAGAGCUCGACUUCCUGUCAAACCCGGAGCACGGAGUUUACAGUGGAAAAGGGAGGACUCAGCUGCUGACGGUACGAAAAAUACUCAGAAUAAUAACCCCUUAACAUCUGUAACCAAUGUUUCAUCUCCAACUGGGCGUAAUUUGACAUACAUUAGACCGGAGUCUAAAGUUGACGCAAGUUCUGGUCCAGCCUAAUAAGCUCUCUUAUGGUGGAAUUUGUGAAUACUGAAGGUAUAAAUGGUACAGAAUUGGAGCCUGGCUCUUCUUUGAAAUCCUUAUUAUGCGCAGGAAAGGGUUUGCCUUCUUUCUCUUCAGUAUGAAAAUUUUGAAAAAAAGGGGGAAAUUUUAUUUGAAGAGGAUUGGUUGGAGGUAUAUAUAUAUAUAUAUAUAAUUGGCUAGUGAUUGAAGAGUUUGUUCUGAGGAAAUCUGUGAAUAGCACUUUAACUAAUCAGCAAUCGGUUUCUCUCUUAGCAAUUUUAGUUUCUGCUGGCUUAUAAGAUUAUGUUUUGGGAGUGAACAAACUGGAUCGGUGGAUUAUCUUUUAUUGAAUUUUCCUUUUAUU